UGCCUGCCAGACUUUUGUCUUUGCCGGAGCCCCUCCCCGUCCAGUUGGGAUUUGGGGGCCGAGCUGUCUGGGGUCCCAGGGCCAAUGCAGUGCCGGCUCCUCCGGGGCCUGGCAGGCGCCCUCCUCACCCUCCUGUGCUUGGGGCUCCUCUCCCUUCGCUACCACGUGAGCCGGUCCCCGAAGAGCGUGCAGGAGACCCCCGGGCUGAGCCCACCGAGCCCGCCGCCCCCGGAGCUGCAGCUGCAGGACGUCUACAUCGCUGUCAAGACGACCCGCGCCUUCCACCGCUCUCGCCUGGACCUGCUGCUGGACACGUGGGUCUCCAGGACCAGGGAACAGACGUUUGUCUUCACUGACAGCCGGGAUGAAGGCCUCCAGGAGAGACUGGGGCCCCACCUAGUGGUCACCAACUGCUCUGCGGAGCACAGCCACCCAGCCCUGUCCUGCAAGAUGGCUGCUGAGCUGGAUGCCUUCUUGGCCAGUGGACUGCGGUGGUUCUGCCACGUGGAUGAUGACAACUAUGUCAACGCAAGGGCGCUGCUGAAGCUGCUAAAGGCCUUUCCGCAGACGAUGGAUGUCUAUAUCGGCCGGCCCAGCCUGAACCGGCCCAUCCACGCUGCGGAGCCGCAGCCCCACAAUCGCACGAGGCUGGUCCAGUUCUGGUUUGCCACUGGGGGUGCUGGCUUCUGCAUCAGCCGGAAACUGGCUUUGAAGAUGGCCCCAUGGGCCAGUGGCCCCCGCUUCGUGGACACAUCUGCGCUCAUCCGGCUCCCUGACGACUGCACGGUGGGCUACAUAAUCGAGUGCAAGCUGGGCGGCCGCCUGCAGCCCAGCCCCCUCUUCCACUCCCACCUGGAGACCCUGCAGCUGCUGGGGGCUGCCCAGCUCCCGGAGCAGACCUCCAGGGAUGUGAUGCUAAAAUUCUUUGAACUGGUCCCCAAGUGCCAGCUGGAAGGACCUACCCAGAUGGGACGAAGCUUGUCUUCAGGUUCAGAUAACCUUGCUCCCAACCCGCUGCCUCCUGUCCCUCUCUCCUUUCUUCAACCUGCCGUCCUCUUCACAUCCCUCCGAAGGGACCAGCCCUGCCCUGGCAGCUCUGCCCUUUGUCAGCGGUCCCUCCCUCCCUUCCUCAGAGCUUCCCUGCCCACUGCUCGCUGCUUUUCCUUCUAACCCAGACGUUACUGGGAAGGACCGGUCUUCGGUGAGGACAUUGAAGCAUGAAGUCAGGCUCGGGGAGGGGUAAUGGCUACUGAGGUCCCACUGGCUCGGCCUUGCGGAUGCUCUUCUCCAGCUCAUAGGGUCCAGCCCUGUAGGUGGUCCUGGCUGGGGGGCCCCUGGCAUCUUCUGCCCAACAGUGCCAGGCAGAGCCCUUUCGGCAGCCAGUGAUAGCAAAGCAACAGGGACUGGAUAAACGACAGGACGGUUAUGGGCCCGUGCGCCUGCGAAGCUGAGGGCUUGGCUGGACUCGCUGGGCCUGGCUCUAGGGGUCUGUCCCCUUGUUCACCUGCCUUCCCCCACGCUGGCCCGGUUCUCAGGCAGCUCGCCCGCUUGCUGGCACGCCGGCAGCCCAGGUUUCUCUCACCCGGAGGAGGAGGGUGCCUCCUUCCGCAGAUCCCAAGGCUGCGCUCACUGGUCAGGCGGCCUGCUUGGGUCAUGUGACGGGUCUCCUGUCAGCGCCCAGAGUUAGUGUAGGUCACUAGGCCUGGAGCUGGCUGUGGGGUUGGUCCCAUUAGCACCUCAGGGCCUGAAGCCAGGAAAGGGGGGCAGAUUUGAGGCAACCAAACCGGGGCACCUGAAUGGGGUAACCAGGGCACCCUAUGGGCUUUCCAGAGCACUCACUGUGUCGGGCACCACGCUGGGGCCUUAUCUUCUUUAACUCCCUGGUUUCUCACAACACGCACAGGAGGUUGGUGCUAACAUUUCCAUUCCACAGAUGGAGAAACUGAGGCCCAGAGAGCGGAACUAGCCAUGGCCACAUGAGUACAUGGCAGAGGGGGAUUUGAGCCCUGGUGGGGUGACCCCUAAGCUGACAGUCGAUAGCCACUGCCCUUGACAGCCUUGGACUGGGGUCGUGAUCCCGAGUCCCUGCUGCUUGCAGAGAACCGGAGGCUCUGGGUAGGGGAAGGGGGAUCUGAGAGGGCCCACAGUGAGCCUCGGGAAACCUCCACCAGGCACACAGCGUACUGGAAAGAUGCCUUCCCUCUCGGCCUCAGUUUCCC